AAAGUAAACAAGCCAAAGUGAAUCCUGAUUUGAACCCGCUUUACAACCCAAGAACACAAAGUUCCGUAUUAACAAAGCCCUCAGAGACAGUCCCACCAUGCAGCAGUGAGCUAGCAGCAGCACAGCAGCUAACCACCACAUUUGACCCUGUGUGUGUGUGUGUGAGCCAUCAUGAAUUAGACAUCCGGGCUGUGUGUAUGGAAGAUGGCGACACUUAUCCUCCCUGGUGAAUGGAUCAAAAACUGGGAAAAAUCAGGAAAACAUGAGUUUGUACAACUCUGCAAGGAGCUCACAGAGAAAACCGAUCAUGGAAGUGAGAUUAGAGAUAUACAGGCUGCCUUAUACGAGCUGUGCUGGCAGGUUGUGCACGGGAACCUGAAGUUGGAUCUAGUUGCCAGCGUCCUUGGAGACAUGAUGGAACUCAGAGACGACAUGCCAUCGAUUUUAGCAGAUGUGUUCAGCAUACUAGAUUUAGAGACUGGAGCCCUGGAAGAAAAAAACAAACGUGACCAUUACACACAACUGGUGGGGGCGUGUUUGUUUUUUGUCCCAGAGGCCAUCCUGAAGGAGAGGCUCGAUCCAGAAACCCUUGAAUCUCUUGGACUUAUAAAACAGGCCCAUCAGUUCAAUCAGAAGAUUGUAAAAAUCAAGACUAAACUAUUUUAUAAGCAGCAGAAGUUUAACUUGCUACGGGAAGAGAACGAAGGCUAUGCCAAGCUUAUCACCGAGCUUGGCCAAGACCUCUCAGGCAACAUCACCAGCCACAUCGUCCUGGAGAGCAUCAAGUCUCUUAUAGGAUGUUUUAACUUGGACCCUAACCGUGUUUUGGACAUUAUCUUGGAGGUGUACGAGAGCCGUUCUGACCAAGAUGAGUUCUUCCUGUCUCUCAUCAAGUCAUACAUGUGUGAGCCGCUCACACUUUGCCACAUCCUGGGCUUUAGGUUCAAAUUCUACCAGGAGCCGAAUGAGGUAACUCCCAAGUCACUUUACCACAUCGCUGCUGCUCUGCUUCAUCACAACCUGAUCGAGCUGGAAGAUCUCUACGUACAUCUCAUGCCACUAGAUGCCGCCAUCAUAGAGGAACACAAACGAGAUAUCUCUGAGGCCAAGCAGAUUGCACGCAAGCUGGUCAUGGUGGUGUUGCCCUCUGAGAAAAAUGAUGACAAAGACAAAGAAAAAGAGAAGGAGGAAGAGAAGAAUGAGAAGCCACCUGAUAACCAGAAGCUUGGUCUGCUGGAGGCUCUGCUUAGAAUCGGAGACUGGCACCACGCCCAGAGUAUUAUGGACCAGAUGCCUUCUUUCUAUGCAGCUUCUCACAAGGCCAUUGCACUGGCUCUCUGCCAGCUCGUGCACCUGACCGUGGAGCCUCUUUACAGAAGAGCUGGCCUACCAAAAGGGGCACGAGGAUGUGUGAUGCAUCCUCUAAGGAACAAGCGGGCACCACGGCCUGCAGAGACCUUUGAGGACCUUCGCAGGGACACCUUCAGCAUGCUGGGAUACCUUGGCCCUCACCUCUCUCAUGAUCCAAUCCUCUUUGCAAAGAUUGUGCGUCUUGGAAAGGGCUUCAUGAAGGAGCACCAAAGUGACGGCAGAGCUGACUUCAAAGACAGAAUGGACACACUAUUGAGUUGUUUCCUGAGCAUUGCGGACCAGGUGCUACUCCCCUCUCUCUCUCUGAUGGAGUGUAACGCAUGCAUGUCGGAGGAGCUAUGGGGCCUCUUCAAACUCUUUCCUUACCAUCACAGGUAUCGGUUAUAUGGACAGUGGAAGAAUGAGACCUAUACCGGCCAUCCACUGUUGGUCAAAGUCAAAGCUCAAACUGUGGAACGGGCCAAAUACAUUAUGAAGCGGUUGACCAAAGAGAAUGUGAAACAAUCUGGAAGGCAGAUUGGCAAGCUGAGCCAUAGCAAUCCCACCAUCCUCUUUGAUUAUAUGCUGUCUCAGAUCCAGUGGUACGACAACCUCAUCGUUCCAGUGGUGGACUCUUUGAAAUACCUCACAUCCCUGAACUACGAUGUCUUGGCUUAUUGCAUCAUUGAGGCUCUAGCCAACCCGGAGAAGGAGAAGAUGAAACAUGACGACACCACCAUCUCCUCAUGGCUCCAGAGUCUGGCAAGUCUGUGCGGGGCUGUGUUCAGAAAAUACCCGAUCGAGCUUGCCGGCCUUCUCCAGUAUGUCACAAAUCAGCUGAAGGCGGGGAAGAGUUUUGACCUGUUGAUCCUGAAAGAGGUGGUGCAGAAAAUGGCCGGCAUUGAGAUUACUGAUGAGAUGACCUCAGAGCAGUUAGAGGCCAUGACAGGAGGGGAGCAACUCAAAGCUGAGGGGGGCUAUUUUGGCCAGAUCAGAAACACUAAGAAGUCUUCACAGCGUCUGAAGGAUGCGCUCCUGGACCAUGAACUGGCCUUGCCUUUGUGUUUACUCAUGGCCCAGCAACGAAAUGGUGUUGUUUUCUUAGAGGGUGGAGAGAAUCACCUCAAACUCGUGGGGCACCUCUAUGAUCAGUGUCACGACACACUGGUGCAGUUUGGAGGCUUUCUGGCUUCUAACCUGAGCACAGAGGACUACAUCAAGCGGGUUCCCUCCAUUGACAUCCUAUGUAACCAGUUCCACACUCCACAUGAUGCUGCCUUCUUCCUGUCUCGGCCAAUGUACGCCCACCAGAUUCUGUCAAAGUACGACGAGCUGAAGAAAGCAGAGAAAGGCAACAGGCAGCAGCAGAAGGUGCACAAGUACGUGGCAGCCUGCGAACAGGUGAUGACGCCAGUGCAUGAGGCCGUGGUGUCACUGCAUCCAGCCAGAGUCUGGGACGACAUUCGCCCUCAGUUCUACGCCACAUUCUGGUCUCUCACCAUGUACGAUCUGGCUGUUCCAAACUCAGCCUACGAUCGGGAAGUGAACAAGCUGAAGGUCCAGAUCAAGGCCAUCGAGGAGAACCCAGAGAUACCCAUGAAUAAGAAAAAGAAGGAGAAGGAGCGCUGCACUGCCCUUAUGGAGAAGCUGCAGGAGGAGGAGAAGAAGCAGCUGGAGCAUGUCCAGCGGGUUCUCCACCGCCUCAAACUGGAGAAAGACAACUGGUUGUUAGCCAAAUCCACAAAAAACGAGACCAUAACGAAGUUCCUGCAGCUCUGUCUGUUCCCUCGCUGCAUCUUCUCCUCCAUCGACGCCGUGUACUGCGCCCGCUUUGUAGAACUGGUUCACCAGCAAAAGACACCUAACUUCUGCACCCUCCUGUGUUACGACAGGGUGUUCUCAGCCAUCAUCUACACGGUGGCCAGCUGUACGGAGAAUGAGUCUCACCGCUACGGACGCUUCCUCUGCUGCAUGCUGGAGACGGUGACCAGAUGGCACAGCGACCGGGCCAUCUAUGAGAAGGAGUGUGUAAAUUACCCAGGCUUCCUGACCAUCUUCAGAGCCACCGGCUUCGACGGAGGGAACAAAGCAGAUCAGCUGGAUUACGAGAACUUCAGGCAUGUGGUGCACAAGUGGCACUACAUGCUGACCAAAGCUUCAGUUCACUGCCUGGAGACAGGAGAUUACACCCACAUCAGGAAUAUUCUCAUCGUGCUUACCAAGAUCCUGCCCUGCUACCCCAAGGUCCUCAACCUGGGCCAAGCCCUGGAGUGCCGCGUCCACAAGAUCUGCCUCGAGGAGAAGGACAAGAGGCCUGACCUCUAUGCCUUAGCAAUGGGCUACUCGGGUCGAUUGAAAAGCCAGAAGGUGCACAUGGUCCCUGAAAACGAGUUUCACCACAAGGAGCAGCCAGCGCGCAGUUCUACCCCCGCCAGCCAGCAGAACGGACCUGGCAGCACCGGGAAGCCCGCCAGCAGCACGAGCAAGACCGAGGAGGGGAUGUCAGAAGAUGGAGAUCGGGGCAAGGAUAAAUCUCAGGGGACCACAAAGCCAGUGAAUAAAACCAACAGUGCAACGGCCAAAGUGAUCACCAGCAACGGGAAUGGUGCUCUCAACAGCACCAAAGCUGUUAAAGACCGGGACGACAAAGAGAAGAGCGGGAAGGAGAAGAAAGAAAAGAAGGAAAAGACGCCAGGCAGCACUCCAGAGACAAAGGCGGAGAACCGUCGGGAGAAGCAGAGAGACGAGAGGGCGGGGAAGGAAGAGCGGGCAGCACGUGAGGGUAAGGAGAAGACCCCCAAGGCUGACAGGGAGAAACUGAAGGCAGAGGAAAAGAGCAGCAAAGACGACAAGGCCAAAGCCGGCAACGGGGAGCCCAUGGAGCCAUCCAGGGAGCGCGAUGCCAUCAAGGAGUCCAAGAGUAAGGAGAAGGGAGACAGGAGCGCUGCGGCCGGGUCCCUCAAGUCACCAAUACCCAGAUCAGAGUCGGCCGAAUCGGAGAGGGAUCACAAACGACGAAAGCUCGACAGCCACUCUUCUCCAUCCCACUCCUCGUCUGUUAAGGACAAUAGCAACGAACCCAAGGAGUCCACAUCCAAGCACCACGUCACCUACAACUCAGUAGCCCGGUCCAAGAGCAGAGAGAGGGAGCUGGAGAAGAAAGAGUCCGACAACACACAAGGCCGAUCCAAAGAGAAGAAAGAGGAGAAGGAGCGAAAAGACAGGAAACGAGACCAAGCUGUCAAUGACCGCGAGGCGAGCCAAGAAUCCAAGCGCAAAAAGGACGAGAAUGGAACCAAUUCCUCAAAAAACAGCAAGAGCACAAGCCCCUCCUGUGACUCCCCGCUUUCAGCUGAGAAAGAGAAGAGCAAAAGAUCCAAAUCUUCCAGCAAAGAGAAAGCGGAUUCUGUGAAACCUGAGCGGACGUCCUCUGGAGGAAAAAAGGAGUCUCGACAUGAUAAAGAAAAAUCUGAAAAGAAAGAGAAGAGGGACAGCAGCGGUGGAAAGGAAGAGAAAAAACAUCAUAAAUCCUCUGACAAGCACAGAUAAUGUGCACUGACCAGUGAAGAACUGGAGAAGCUGUGUUUUUAUCUGCGAGACACCUGCAGCUCCACCUGUGCCCUGUCUUUAACUCUCAUUUUGCCCGUGUUGUUUUGCUGUAAACUCCCCUCUCCAGUGUUAGCUGUAGUUUUUUGGACGUUCAGAUCACCUCAAUAUUUUUUCCAUUUCAGUAUACAGCAAGUUAGCUGGAAUAUGUUUAUUUUUCUUUCUCUUUUUUAUUAUCCAUUAUGGGCACAAUGUGCUGCUCUGAUCACAUGGUUAUUAUUGUUCUGAGUAGAGAAGUGGUUAUUGUAUGAAAUGAUCUCUCGAUGACACCUGGUCAUGGAUUCAAUAAUCCUAUGCUUGAGAAUUUGUAUGUUUUUGUACGUUGUCAGGCUUUUGCUUUUUGCUUGUUUUAUUGGAAUUAACAUGCUUUCCAUCACUUACCUCAUAUCCUUUUUGAGAUACUUAGAUAAUUUUUAUUUAUUUAUCUCCACCUUUUAAUCCCAGUUAGACCGUAGACGUGAGUGAGGAAACCGAAACAAAGGACCAGUUUGUAUAUUGUGUACAAUAAUAAAGAGAGUAACAUGAAAUUCACAUCAUGUUAUUUCUUUUCUUUUUUUUGUUUUUCAAUGUUCUUUACAGUCCUUUUGUGAUUUUGUGUUAAUCAGGUUUUUACAUAAUUUAUAAAAAUGCCAGUUCGACCUUGACUCAAAUGUAGAAUUGUAAAGAAAUCAGACAAAAGAAUCUGAAGCUCUGUACUCCAAAUACGUCUGUUUCGAAAUGACUUUUGGAGAUUUUAUCUGCUGUACUCAAUGAGUGUAAGCUUUUUUAAAAAAAACAAAAACCAAUAAAUAAUAGUUUUCCUAGUGUGUCACUUUGA